AAACUAGAAAACAUUCAUCCCCCCUCUCUCUCUCUCUCUCUCUAUCAGAAAAUGCAGAAGCUCUCUGCAAUCUUACUGGUGGUGCUUCUUUGCGCAACCUCCAAUGGAGUUCUGUCUUUCACUGACGGAAUAUUACCAAAUGGUCAAUUCGAAUACGGUCCAAAACCGUCCCAGAUGAAGGGCACGAGAGUAAUCGAUCCAAAGGCAAUACCGAACUGGGAGCUCACGGGGUUCAUUGAGUACAUAAAAUCCGGCCAAAAACAAGGAGAUAUGUUGCUAGUAGUACCCGAGGGAGCUUAUGCCGUGAGGCUAGGAGAGGAUGCUUCGAUAAAGACCAAAGUGAAGGUGACAAAAGGGUUGUUUUAUUCGAUCACAUUUAAUGUGGCUAGAACUUGCGCCCAAGAAGAGAAAUUGAACGUUUCGGUGUCCCCCAAUUCCGAGCCCAAUGAUUGGGGAAUCUUGCCAAUGCAGACGAUGUAUAGUAGCAACGGUUGGGACACAUACUCGUGGGGGUUCUUGGCCGAGUCCAACAACAUCGAGAUCGUGAUCCAUAACCCAUCUGUCGAGAAAGACCCUGCUUGCGGUCCUCUUGUUGAUUCUGUUGCACUAAAGGCCUUAUUUCCUCCUAGAAGAACCAACGCUAAUAUGUUGAAAAAUGGAGAUUUCGAAGAAGGUCCGUUCGUGUUACCGAAAACUGAUGUCGGUGGAGUUUUGAUCCCUCCCAACAUCGAGGACGACCAUUCACCGCUCCCUGGUUGGAUGAUCGAAUCGCUAAAAGCCGUCAAGUACUUAGACGCGGAACACUUUGCCGUGCCCAAGGGUAAAAGAGCAGUAGAAUUAAUUGCCGGAAAAGAGAGCGCUAUUGCCCAAGUCGUCAAGACGACACCAGGCAAGGUAUACGCUCUCUCUUUUGUUGUCGGGGAUGCCAACAACGCGUGUGAAGGGUCGAUGAUUGUCGAGGCAUUUGCGAGUAAAAACACUCUUAGGGUACCCUACGAGUCCAAAGGCAAGGGUGGGUUCAAACAAGCCGUUCUGAAGUUUAGAGCUGUAACGACACGCACACGAAUCAGGUUUUUGAGUACAUUUUAUCAGAUGAAGACCGAUGGUUCCCUAUGUGGUCCGAUCAUUGAUGAUGUUAGAAUGAUUGGCGUUCGAUACGCUAAACACGCUUGAUUUGCUUAGUUGUUUACGGAAAUCCUUGAAAACGUAAAUCGUUUUCGGAAAUCUUCGAAACCGUGGGAUAGGGAUGGCUGGAUCAUCGUCUAUGGUGUUUGUUUAGCAUGUUAUGUUAUUAUAGUAAUGUGAUGUUAUUUCUGUUGUGUACUAGAAAGGGAAGAAAACAUGUUUAAAGUAUAAGCACUUAUUACAAAGUUCAUGGUAUAAUCAGCGUUUAUUUUCUCAAUUAUACAAAGAGUAAAUUACGGGU